UUUAAGCUCCACCACAUUGGACAAAUGAACCGACUGUCAAUGAUUCAUAAGUUCCUGCUGUUUUUUGAACCAGUGAUCACCUGAAAAACAUAUGUGGGAUCUGGAAAUUAGGAAGAAAUGAAGGUGUUAAACAAAGAAGAGCUUCAGAUGGCUGAAGGAGUCCUGCUCAACCACUUCCCGCGGAGCUUUAAGGUCUAUGGUUUCCUCUACGGGAUUAACAGAAACAAGCCGAGCACUUUAGAGGUUGUUGUUGAUUCCUGGCCAGAUUUUAAAGUGAUCCUCCUGCGCCCUGAUCCCAAGAACAAACAUUCCCAGGAUUUUACGAAAAAGGUUUCCUUCUACAGCAGAGAUGAGGAAGUUUUAAGGAAAAUGCUGAGAGAAGAAGUGGACUGGAGUGCUUACUUCCUAAUUGGAGGUUUUGAUUUUUCUCAUUCACUUACUAUCAAAGAAGUUUCCUCUGAAAAGAAAGUGAACAACAGAGGCUUUACAUCAGUGCACCUUCUUUAUCUUUCUGACCUCAGCUGUCUUCUCACACCAGAUAUUGACAGCCAACUCAAAACAAGGAUUUCAUCUCUCAAUCUCUCCCACGUUGACAAGGUGAAUAAAACCUGGAAGUUUGGCGGGGAUGAGAAAGGUUACAGGAACAUUAAAAACCUGAUUAGCAAUUUCCCAACCUGCUGCAUUAUGGACACUCAGGGUGAGCCAGUGGCUUGGAUCUUGGUGUAUGAUUACUGCGCUUUGGGUAUGUUAUACACACUUCCGGAACACAGAGGAAAAGGUUAUGCCAAGGUUUUGAUCAGCACCAUGGCCAAGAAGCUCCAUGCAGAGGGCUUUCCAGUUUACUGCUUCAUAGAGGAAGACAACCUGGUGUCCUACAAGCUCUUCCAAAACAUGGGCUUCACUGAGGAUGAUUCAUACAGGGCACUCUGGUUUGAGUUGAACUUUUGAUCUGGGAAAUGAAAGAAGCAGCAGUUUUUUGACUCCUCUGGGUCAAAAUGUCAUUAAACUUGAAGAGAAAAUUUUAUAAUUGUAGUUGCUGUUUUACAAAUUCAUACCUUGAAAGAAUGAUUUGCAUUUGCAGUUACUUACAUACAAGUUAAAUCAAAUCAACUUUUUAAGCUGUUUUUUUUAUUUCAAUAAAUGUUUUUUACUCAAAACUCAGUAAAUGAAUUAAAAUAAGGACAACAGCCACCUUUCAGGCAUAUCCUUUUUGAUUUUUGUGCAAUAUUCAACAAGCACUUAUAUUACUUUUUGUAAUUAUUUAAAAUUACAUAAUGUUUAGUUAAAUAAUUAAGUAAUGUCUUCAGAGUCUUGUUAUAGUAAAGAAAUUGCAUGCACUAUGAAUAUGAAUAUCUAUUAUUUUGAAAUAAUCUGAAAAUAUAUCUAUAUAUAUAUAUAUAUUUAGUAUCACUAUCAAAGACACUACAUGCUACAUUUUUAAGAGUGUCUUCUAAGGAUGUGAGUAUACUGCAAGUGUUUUUAAUCUCUGUCUGCAUAAUAAAUCUGUAUUCUAAGCCAGUCCUCACUGUGAAAUGUUAUUGUGUUUUCUUAUUACAAUAAAGAUCCUUGAUUCCAUGUA